CUCCUUCAUUUAGCCCCAAUUUUUGCUAAGUAACUUCUUGAGGGGUGAAAAUGGAGUCUUCUAGACCUUCAACACUCGCUCUCUUUCUCUGCAUCAAUCUUCUUCUCUUCUUCGUGGCAACUUCAAGUGGCUGCUACACUUGUACGCAGCCUAAGCCAAGGUAUAACCCUAGUCCAGUGAAGAGCUGUCCCAGAGAUGCACUGAAGCUAGGAGUGUGUGCGAACAUUCUGAACGGACCAGUUGGAGCAGUGGUGGGGUCCCCACCAGACCACCCAUGCUGCUCACUGCUUGAAGGGCUCGUGGAUCUUGAGGUUGCUGUUUGUCUCUGUACUGCCAUUAAAGCUAACAUUCUUGGCAUUCACAUUAACAUCCCUAUUUCUCUCAGCUUGCUUCUCAAUGCCUGCGAGAAAAACACUCCCAAAGAUUUCCAAUGCGCUUAAUUAAGAGCGUUAGGUUCUUAUUUAAUGGUCCUGUUUCAUUCAUAUUUGUAGGUGCCUUGGCGUUUUAACUGUUUCUGUUUGGCUCAGUGCUAAGUGCUUACUAUUACUACUAAUGCUAACUCAGUAUUUAGUAAUGCUUACACUGAGGUAUUGUGUUAUCGCUAUUGGAAUUAAUCGUAACUGUAAUUGCAAUUUCUAAUUUUAGUUUGAGUUCUAUCUAUGUCUAUGGUUGCUUGCUUUCUAAUUGUAGUGAUGAUGAGAUUCUCGAUCGUUUAAGCUAUGUCUCUGUCUCUGUAUGAUCUGACUCAGUGGAAACAUAUAAUAAUGAAUUUGCAAGUUGCACUUAUA